AUGCACCACCCUUCGCCUCACUCGCCCAAUUCGCAUCUACACCUACCCCAGGGCUCUGUAGAACGCGUAGCAGCAACAGUUCUAACCUUCUUUGAGCACAUAUGGAGUUCUUUUUUGGAGAAUGAGGAACAGGAGUUUCACCCGUUCACCAAUACCUUCGAUCAUGGCUGCAUUCGCCAGCUCGUCACUGACGAAUCGGACUCCCCACCGAAGCGUCCGCAUCGUCGUAUCACUCCCGGUUAUGGGUUGUUGCGCACGGUUCCAAUGGGUGGAGGGGAGUUCAUUGAUCUACAGCCUGAUGGGAAUGGUUUUGAUAUGCUGAAGGCGUUGAUAUUGAAGAAGAAAGAGUAG